AGAGUCUGAUUUGCUAACCAAAAGAUUAAUUGAGAAAGGACCUUCUUAUGAAUCAGCUCAAGCUUUAUUAUCUCACUUGGGUUUGAUCAAGAGUGAAGAAAGAUACCACGAAAAAAACCCGAGACUUAAGAGGUCCAUUGAUUGCGUUGACUAAUUGUCGUGAUUAUUUGAAAAAAGUUCAAGUCGAUGCUUUACUAUCUUCUCUUGGACGAAUUCCUAUUGCUACAGAUGCAGCAGGGACACUUAAACGGGUUUAAUUUCCAGUAAAAAAUUAUUCCUGAAAGGAUUAAUAUUAUGAAUUGUUUUUAAACCGUUUAUGACUCUCCAUGAAGAUUAAAGUGCUCGGUAUUUAAAGACAAUACAAGAGUCGUUUUGUCAUUUCUCAUUCUCAUCUUCAUCUCGUCAAACUUAAAAUGUCUUUAUUUGUAUCUUUUUUGUUGCUUACAUUACCCAUCAUUACAAAUGGACUCCCAUUGUCUCAUGAAAAUUACAAUCCAAUUCCCAAUAUUAUGACAACCAAUUGAUUGAUCAAGUCUGUGGUCGCGAUACUAACCCAGGAAAAGUGCCAUUCUACGCUUCAAUAGGAGUAGAUGAUCCGACCGGCCAUUACACAAUGUGUAGUGGUGUUUUGAUUGCUGAUCGAUGGAUAUUGACUGAGACUUAUUGUAUAGCAUCUAUUUGGGGACCCAUGCGAGUUAUUUUAGGUGACGAAUGGAACAACAAAACAAUUGGAGUGCAUGACAUUUACUCCAAUCCGGAUUUCAGACCUGGAAAACCUAUGAACAAUAUCGUCCUGUUAUUAUUGAAAGAACCAGUUCAGUUCAGUAGGAGUAUCCAACCAAUUUGUUUACCAGAGCCUGGAGAAGAUGAAACUUUUCACGGUCGCUAUGGGACAGUUGCUGGCCGGCAAAAACUAAAUAUGACCGAGGGAAAACCUACACCUUUAAAUGUGCAUAUAACCAGUUUGCCUAUCGACAGAUCUGAUGAUUGUGCUAUUGGAGUUUUUGAAAAAGUUUUUGGAAAAAAUAUCACUAAUUCCUUUUUCUGUGCUGGUUACCCGAAAAGACGAAAAGAUGCAUGUUUUCCUGAUAGUGGCGAUCCGUUCAUGGUCAAAGUUCGAAAACAUUGGGUAAUUGCUGGAAUCACAUUUUCUAGCAUGAGCUGUAAGAGGCCUCAUGCACUCGAUAUUUACGUUAGAGUUGAAUUUUACUUGGACUGGAUUAAAAGAACAAUAAAACAAAAUAAUAUUUGA